AUGGCUCAGCUAAAGGACAGCGCAGUCGACCGAGGUUCUCCUCACGAGUCUCCCCAGUCCCAGGCUUCGGCGGAGCAUCGCCGGCAACACCGGUCUUGUGUCAACUGUUACCAGCGCAAAGUACGAUGCAACAGGAUCCUGCCAUGUACUCCCUGCGCUCGUGCCGGGCUUCGAUGUGUGUAUCCAACAACAGCACGUGCCACUUCGAACAAAGCACCGUCAUUGCAGGAUAUUUCAGACCGCCUGGAACGACUCGAGAGUCUACUGCUGGAAACACUGGGCAGGAAUAGUGCUGAACAUGCCCUGGCUCCAAAACAGGAGGCUCAGGUACAAGAAUCUCGGGUACAAGAGGCUCGUGCUGUACCUGCGCCUUCCACCAAGCCGACCUAUUUAAAUGAUGUCAGCUCCAGACCAUGGGAAGCUCUGCUGCAAGCCGGUAAUCGGGCUCACUACGUUGACAAUACAAACCUGCUUGACCUCUUCCAAGAUGAAGACCGAAUCAACCCCCCCGAACUCGAUGAAGUGCAGGAGAGCGUGCCUGGUUCAUCCAGCGGGUUGAGCCUUGCCCUUGGUUUAUCACCCAUGGAUCUUGAUUCAGGCACUGACCCAGAUCGCCUGCACCCGGACGCACGUCUCGCUCUGCGGUUAUGGACAGUGUACGCAGAGAGAGUAGAUCCAGUCCUCAAGAUCCUCCAUAUUCCAACUGCGCAAUCUGCCAUGAUCGCCAUGAUUUCAGGUCCAAAGCAGACCAACCAUUCUCUCGAGGCACUUGCAUUCGCAGUCUACUUUGCUGCUGCUACCAGCUUGUCCGAAAAUGAGAUGUCGACGAUCUCAGUAGACCCUCGGCAGGAGUUCCUUCAGAAGUGCAAGCUUGGACUGAACCAGGCCAUCACAAAGGCUGAUUUUCUGAACGAGCCAAAUAUGACGACGCUGCAGGCAUUGGCUAUUUUUGCAACGUGCCUUAGGGUUCACGACAACAGCCGCGCCGUCUGGGUUCUCAUUGGAACUGCGAUCCGGCUAGCGCAGUCCAUUGGGAUUCACCGAGACGGGGCCUCGCUCAAGCUGGACCCUUUCGAAAGCGAGCUCCGCCUCAGGCUGUGGUGGCACCUCUGUGUCCUUGACUCGCGAGCGCCCGAAGACCACGGCUUCACCAACACCAUCGAAAACCUCGAUCUCGGGCUCCGGCUACCCCUCAACCUCGAGGCUGCGAGGCUGGUACACCGAAUCUUGAUCGCAAAACCGAGGAAUGACCUUGAGACUCCCGAGAAUAUCGAGGCAAAACGCGCAGUCCUCGAACAGCACAACCAGUGGAUUGAGUCGAAGUUUCUGUCUUUGCCCCCAGCGCCAAAUCUUCGCAAUGCUGCGUGUGCCCACUACUACACAGCGUGUGCCAAGAUCGAGUUUAUGCUUCAGGUGCGCCAGGAGCUGCACCUCAGCCGGCACAGGGAGGCGCCGGCCGCCGUGUUCAGGGGCCUUGGGGAGCGGCCAUUCACUGCCGCGUGCCGCACAUUGGAGAGGAGCUGGUCCCUGGCGAGCGGGCAGAUCUCAAUGGAGCACACGUGGAUCUUCAAGACUUACACCCAGUGGUAUGCCCUAGCCUACGUCCUGAGAUACCUAUGUGCUUUCCCCAGCGUCCCCGAGACUGAGGAGGCGUGGGUGCUGGUUAAUCGGGUCUUUAGCUCUAUACCGUACGCCCAGAGUGGCCAGCUGGCUCGGGAGAGUAACACUGGGAGGAAUAGUAUUUGGAAGUGCCUGGAGUCGCUGCGCUGCCAGGCCUUGAACGCGAGGACAGCAGCUCGAGGCUCCCCUGUCCCUGAGCCCUCCACCCCUGAUAAUUCCCAGGGCGACCCAGUAGAGGAUGGGGCACUGGCAACUGAAAUCAGCGCCCCUUCGGUUGACCUACAGGAUCAAUUCUCCAGCUCUGAAGCUGCCUCGUUGUUUGCGGGCCAAGCGGAGCCUCCUCGUCUGUCCGAUACGACGCAGUUGGCGGAUCAAUGGUAUAGCGGGCUGCCGUCCUUUGGCGACUUUGCAAUGCCAGAGAUGCUUUACUUGCCCGAAUGGAAUGACAUUGUCAACGGGAGCUAG